AUGGCAGCACCCACCAAGUUAUUGAAUCACCACGAAGAGACAACCGCUUUGAGCAUGGACCGAAGCGAACAGACCCAGACAUCUUCUCCGUAUGCCGGCAUCGAAAACUCAUCAGGUUUCCCGGUGACACGACGCGAGCCCAUAAGCUUGUUGCAACUACCUUCCGAGAUCCGAAACAUGAUCUACGUGUAUGCCUUGACGGCCGACGGAACCCUGAUGUGUUGUGUGCCACCGACUGCCUAUCCUAAGAAGGAGCCGAAGUUCAUACGAACCGGGUGCCUCACGAUCGAGCGCAAAAAGGUCGCGGCAUGCCCUUCAUUCAACCAGCUUCAGUUCGCCAACCGCCAGCUGCGCCAUGAGACCGAAGGCCUUGAACUGACGUUCAACACUAUCUUCUUGCCCGCCGCUAUGUUCCGCUAUAAAAUGCGCACCGGUCUAUUCCCUGUAGCAGAUCUCCUUACCGCCUUCCGUAAGGUAUGCUCGCCUAUCCGUUUCUCGUGGCUCAGCAAGAUUCGUCUACAGUCGGACAACAGUGAUGAAUGGGCCGUGCCCUUCGGUUACUCUGAAAAACCAUUCCCCGCCAUCGCCGACUUCUGCAAGGCGAACCAUCACAUCGAAGUCCAAUACGUGUUGCAAGACUUUUACAUCACGUAUGUUUCUAUGGACCGUUUCUUCAUCAUCGGCGUUGCUCUAACACUCGCACUUCGAAACGACAACAGCGCCCAGCAUGAAUCGCUUCCUCAUGUUGCGGGUGACCAUCAAGCAUUGAGCGCUACAUGGGCCGACCAGUUUGUGAACAGCUUUAUGGUUCAGCCUGGGUGGCACGAAACAUCGCCUAGCCAUGUUCCCUUGGAUCAUCUCUUCUCUGGCAUCGACAACCUUACUAUAUUCCCGCGCAUGGAGGUCAUUGACGAGGCUACAUUCGCUACCUGCCACUACGGCUUUCCUUCCCAGGCAGUGAGCUUGUUUCCUAAAGAGCAACAGGAGAACUGGCUGAAGUGGGCGAAGAUUUGGGUCAAGGAUGGGAUCAAGCCUUGUCUUUGA